GCAGAGAAGCCACGUGUCUCCUGGGUUUGGUCUGCUGUCUUCUAACUUCACCUGUAAACAAAGUAGGUCCUUCACCUGUUCACCAGAAGUGAACAAGAAAAGAUACUCAAAAUAAUCAGGUUAUUUUAAUUGCUCAGAGUGUACAUAUUUUAAAAGCAAAUCAGACCCUUCAGAGCAAGCAUUUGUCUAACGUUGAGCCUGAUUUGGAGCUUGCCUUAAAGCGAAAGUGAGUUUUGUUCCACAGUCUGCUUUGUGGUUUUUAGUCUUCUCCUUUCACACCUUUUUGUGGUCUUUAACAAGUCAUUGUCUAUAAAUCUGAAACUGGAUGAAGCUGCUGCUUCACUGAAAAACUGUUCCUUCUACUCCAGGGCAAGCAGAGCCUUCUGCCCCUCGAGUUUGUGCUCAUUGCGGUUGCGUUCAUUACUAUCAGCUUUAUUAUUCUUGAGCCUGGGCACCAUGGAUCACGGUAAGGUGUGUUUUGCUGGGCUGAAACCCAUCACUGUGCAUUAUUAGGCCCCCUCACACCUCCACACUCACUUGCUAGAUGAGUUAAAGCAUUCAGUUCCUAUAAAGAAAUUGUAUUUAGUGGGAAAUCCAGCAGAAAACUACGUUUCAGUUGGUGAUGGUUUCCUUACCCUUUCUCCCACUAGUCUGAGGAUUCAGGAUUCUCAGGUAGUGACUCACUUCAGAAGGAAAAAAAAAAAAGAGCUGAAUUCCAGUAAUGGCUGGCUUUUAAAAGGAAGAUCUGAAGCACUAGAGAGUCAGAUCCCUCUGGAAGUGAUGGAUGCUCUGCAUCAAGAGAGAUUGGGGGAAACUUGCUGGCUUUCUUUAUGUGAAAAAGAGAGGAGACCAGGCUCAAGUGGAUGGUACCUGCUGUAAGUUUUUUCCCUUUUGGAUAUGGAUAACAGGAUAGAAAGAAUCUUGAAAAGGCUAGCUCAUGAGUUUCCUUGAUCCCAUCUUGCUCUGUGAGUGCAAGAGUCAUUUUCCCUGUGCCUGUCCAUGAAACUCAACAGUGAACACCCAAAGCAGAAAACAAAAGGUAAUUUAUGUUCCUCCUCACCAAUCAGGUAUGUUUAAGAACUGGUUCUUUCCAGCUAGGAUAUGUUCAGUUGUUUCUGUAACCUUCUUUCUAACUGUGAACUCCAUCUCCCUGAGGACUAAAAGUGUGGGAGAGACUAAAACCAAAGCAUGAUGCUCCAUCUGUCUUGCCACAGACUGCCAGGCUUUGGUGCUUGAUGGUUUUGAGCCUCUGAUCUUUGCUUUGGGUCUGGGAGCAGCAGCUCUGGGAGAAAAACAGCCCUUAUAUUAGAGCAAACAAGGCAUCUAACAGUUUGGAUUAAGACACUGGCCAUCUUGGCUGCUUCCUGGAUAGCUCUGCUCAGGUGCAAGUGCUGGGUUGUUGCUUGGAGCUAAACCAACCAUAAAUGACCAUUUACAUUCUGCAUUCAAAAGACAGGUUUACUCAGCUGCCCUAGAAUAAAUGCCUUUGGAGCUCUGUGGGGUGUGCAUGGUUGUUUGCUUUUGGUUUUACUGCUUUGAACUGCCUCUGAGCACUGGGUAAAUGGAAACCUGUGCUUGGAUGUCUGCAUGGGUAUGGAGCAUCCCUAAUCAUCUGAAAACCCUGGGAUUUGUGAACAUAUCAGUUACCUUGAAAAAUUAAACCAGCAGCCACCUGAAGUAACAAGCUACAAUAUGUGAGUCCUUCCUGUCUCAUGGAGGAUAUUUUUUACAGUACCCUUAAAUUUAUCUCCACAAUCUCUGUCCCAUUUAACUAUGUCCCAUACUGAUACAGUAAAGUUUUUUACUUAACCCAAACGAGUUUAAGGGAAAAUGUUCCACUCACUGGAGGCUCAGCACCUGAUGAGCCAGCCUGCUCCUGGGAUUUGAAAUUCAGAAGGCAGUGGUGCAGGAUUUGUAGAGCAGCUGCAUCCUGGAUCAGAAAUGGUGUUCAGUCCUGUUCACUACUCUGCCUUGUGAAUCUAGACAGGAGUUGGGGGAGCUGCUGUUAAUCCUCAACUUUCCAGCUGUGCAAGGCAAAGAUCACAGAAUCACAGAAUAUCCUGGACUGGAAGGGACCCACCAGGAUCACAGAGUCCAACUCCUGGCCCGGCACAGCCACUCCAACAAUCCCACCCUCUGCCUGAAAGUGUUGUCCCAAUGCUCCUGGAGCUCUGGCAGCCUUGGGGCUGUGCCCAUUCCCUGGAGAGACUGUUCCAGGACAAUGCAUCUGUUCCUGCUGUGCCUGCUCAGUGUCUGGGGGCUGGCUGCCCCGGAGCACUACGCCGUGGAAGACAUCUGCACCGCAAAGCCCCGCGACAUCCGCGUGAACCCCAUCUGCAUCUAUCGCAACCCUGAGAAGAAGCCCCAGGAUGGGGAGGGACAGGAGCCAGCAAAGGACAAGCUCCCGGAGUCCACCAACCCCAGGGUCUGGGAGCUGUCAAAAGCCAACUCUCGGUUUGCUGUCAUCUUCUACAAGUACCUGGCUGACUCCAAGGACAACGGGGAAAAUAUCUUCAUGUCACCCCUCAGCAUUUCCACAGCCUUCGCCAUGACCAAGCUCGGAGCUUGUGGCAGCACCCUCCAGCAGCUCAUGGAGGUCUUUCGAUUUGACACCAUUUCAGAGAAGACAUCAGAUCAGAUCCAUUUCUUCUUUGCCAAGCUGAACUGCCGCCUUUACAAGAAAGCAAACAAAUCCUCAGAGCUGGUAUCAGCCAACCGUCUCUUUGGGGAGAAAUCUUUGGUCUUUAAUGAGACUUACCAGAACAUCAGUGAGAUCGUUUAUGGAGCAAAACUCUGGCCCUUGAACUUCAAAGAGAAGCCAGAACUUUCCAGGCAGAUCAUUAAUGAGUGGGUGGCUAACAAGACAGAGAAGCGCAUUACAGAAGUGAUCCCAGAAAGUGGUAUUGAUGAUCUCACUGUCUUGGUCCUGGUCAACACCAUUUAUUUUAAGGGGCACUGGAAAUCGCAGUUCCCAGCUCCAAACACAAAACUGGACAUAUUUCAUAAAGCCAAUGGUGAGACCUGCCAAGUCCCAACUAUGUACCAGGAGUCCAAAUUCCACUACGCAUUCAUCCCCCAGGACAAAGUCCAGGUGCUGGAGCUGCCUUACAAAGGGGACGAUAUCACGAUGCUGCUGGUCCUGCCCAGUGCUGGGACGCCACUGGAGGAGGUGGAGCGAGACCUGACAUCGGAGAAGCUGCAGGGCUGGAUAGAUUCCAUGAAGGAGAUGUCUCUCUUCGUCUACCUCCCUCGCUUCCGUAUCGAGGACAGCUUCAGUGUCAAGGAAAAGCUGAGGAAAAUGGGGCUGGAAGAUCUCUUCAGUCCAGAAAACGCUAGACUCCCAGGUAUCAUUGCAGAGGGCCGCACAGACCUGUAUGUGUCUGAGGCUUUCCACAAAGCCUUCCUUGAGGUGAAUGAAGAAGGCAGCGAGGCCUCAGCUGCUACAGCAGUCACCAUCUCUGGCCGUUCCUUCCCUAUGAACAGAAAAAUCUUCAAUGCCAACAGGCCCUUCCUGCUUUUCAUCCGGGAAGCUGCCCUCAACACCAUCAUCUUCAUGGGCAGGAUAGCUGAUCCUUGCUCCUAAAGGGGCUGGUAGGGCCUCACUUCUCCCUCCUCUGCCUCGGGAAAAGGGGAGGUGGGGUAUUGCCACAAAGUGUGGGCUGCUCCUGGGGUGGUUGGUCUUGCUGUUUGGUGCCAGCUGCAGGGAGGGACUGCAUCCAGCUGGGCUGUCCCUGCUCCUCCCUGCCAUGUCAGGUGAGUGGCUCAUAGGUCACCUCACCUGUCCUGUCCUUUGUGGCAAGGAAAGCUGAAUUUCAUCUGGUACCAGUAUUUUUGUGGCACCCAAGUCCAGCAUUGCUGUCCUUCCUGUGCCCAACCCUCUGUAACUCUGAUCACUUGGUUCAUUAAAACCUAUAGAUCUGUAUGUAACAGACUGUUCUCUGAAUGCACAGAUUACACUGAGCCACUUCCCAUUAUUUAAAUUCUUCGUUUCCAGCAAAUGGGGCUCCACACCAGAAAGGUGAGUGGAACAGCAGAAGCCAUAAGGCUUGUGCUGGCUGGGCAAGGAACACCCUUCUGCAGCUCCGUGUGGGUGGAAGAGCUGCCAAAAGCUGUGCCCUGCUUGCCAGCAGCUCUGGUGUGUCCUGUGUGCCCAAGGGCUGAGAGUCACUAGUCACAGCCUUGCAUAGCCAAGGCUUUGAAAUUCUUUUUGAAUGCUAAGAUUUCAUCUAACAGUUACUGUAGCAGCAGUGCCCAUGAACCACGACAGUGCCCAGGUAAGGAAACCAGUACCUGUAGCUUUGAUAAAAAUAAAUUAUUUCACCUGCAAGUUUACUCCAGGAGCUGAGGUCUCCUGGCCUGCUGCCAGGCCACACAUGAUCAGACCUCUUGUCUUAGGGUGCCUGUAUUGCUGUAGGACUUUUGGCAGGGCUGUCCUGAAGAUGCAGAUUUCUCCAUUUCAGACAGCUGUUUCAAACCAGACAGUGAAAGCACAGUUCCUGUCCUCAGGAGGUCAUGGAAGUGGUGUGUGCAGACAGUGGGGUGCACUGCCCAGUGGGCCACUUACUCUGGAUUUUGUAGGACCAAUGAAAUAGCCACCUUUGUAAAGGCUUCUCUUGGCAGGAACUGCUAGAGCAGCCAAGCAGUGAGGGAGUUAACUUGGAUAGAGCUGGUAUGCCAGAUCUUUGGUCACUGGGUCUCUAGAUUUGGAAGCUAUCAGGGGUUUGAUUCUUUCCUGCUCCCAGUAGGAUUGUUUGACCAUCUGUGCAAGCAGUGUGUGACUGGGGCAUGGAGAGCCGCCUCUUCCAUUGUCCCACAGGCCAUGGCAAACCGUACACAUCUGAGAGGUGUCCUUCAGGGGCUCCUACAGGUACUCCCUGGGGCAGUACCUUGGAAACAAACUGUGAUGGGCUGGGACCCUGGGAGAAAAGGGAAAGCAUUUUGAAAAUACCAAGAGUUCAGAAAGCAGCUCUUCCUCUCCCUGCCCUCCUCUGGCAGUUACCAUGGUGGCUUUUCUUGCUGGAUCCCAUCUUCUGCCUGUGAACUUCACUGAGAGACACAAAACCUCCUGUAAUUGCUGCCUUUUCCAGCUGUGCUCCAGGCUGUGGAGGUGAACACUGGUGAAAGAGGAGGGCUGAGGCAGUGUCUGGGCCUCCCUAGCAUGGCACUGAACCAAAAUGCUUCCCCUGCCAUAGGCAGCUGGGAAAACAUCCAAAACUUGGCCUGCAGCAAGAGCACAGGGCUUGUUCCUCCUGGGGAGACUGAAAAGGGCUGAGCCUGCUGAAGAGGUGAGACAAAACUCAGCCAAAAAGGACAGAAGCCACCUGAGUUGCCAGGAACAGCAGCCUGGCACUGUGCAACCUCUCUCAAGCUGCUGAGCUUAAGAGCCAGGACCAGGCAGAAAAUCCACACUGGGUAAGGACCAGUCAGCUAUAAGACACAGACAAGGAUCUGAGUAUUAAACCAUUUAAUUCUCAAACCACUCACAUGCAUAAUGUUCUUUUACACAGUGUUAAAAGAAAGAAGAAAAUGCAUUUUUUUUUUUUAAUACAAACAGAAUUUCAAGUAUACAUUUAUAGAAUUUUCCAAGAUUCUUACCCAAGUUGCUAAGUUCUCAUUCACAUUGUUCUUAAAGCUGUCCAACGAGAGCGCUUUUUGCUAAACUGCUUUCAAUGCAAUUGUACAGUCCCCUCUACCUUGGUUUUAUUUCCCCCUUUCCCAACUCUGGUUCCCCUGCCAUCCCUGCCCACCCCCCUCCAGCAGUGCUGGCUGUCCCUGGACACAAUGGCCAUGGAGCUUCUGUUUGCCAGUGCCUGCUGGAAGAGGAAAAGAGAAGCAGUCAUGGAGGGCCAGUUUGGAAACAGCUUGGAAAAUCACUGAAGAACAGUCUGAUAUCCACAAGUUACAGCUUACUCUUCAGCCUACUCCAGACUAGUCUGAACACUGACUUUUUUUCUUGAAAUAAGGACUGCAACCAAAAACAAAAUAAAAUAAUAAAAACAAAAGAAUAAUUAGUACAGCAGGAAAUUUCUUAACUGUGAAAGUAAGUCUUGAGUGUUAGGACACCUGUCCUAAAAAGGUUUGAUUUAUAGGUCACUAGUUGACGGUGACAGCACAAUUUCUGUUACAAAUGGUUACUCUGCAAACCAGCUCAGAGCAGAAUCAAUGUGGGACACACAAACUUGGAUUAAAAAAGAAAAAAAAACACCAAACAGAACUGACAAGGGCUCCAUAUUCAUGUUAUGGAAAAAGCCCACAACCCCAGUGACAGCUUUCUCCAACCUUUGCUGCUCAGCUCAGCUCAGCUCAGCCCUGGGCCGCCAGCUGGGUUGUAACUGGGUGCAACUUCUGACCUGUUAAAAAACGGGGUUUCAGUCUUCUUGACAGGCAAGGGUGGGUUUCUCUUGAAAGAUUCCAAGGUCUCCUAACAGCCACCAGCCCCAGCAGUGCCUGGGCACGGCGGGGCCGCUCCGGGCAGCGUGGGGGCCGUGUGGGCCCGGGGGGCUGCUGGAGGUAGAGCUGCCAUGGCCGAGGCUGUGGCAGCAUUGCUCCCCCCGAGCUGUGGCUGCCCAGGAGCUGCCUGCCUGUACAGCUGUGUCCCCAGCCAGCCACAGCUGUACUCCUCUGACGAGUUAAAGUGCAUUGCGGCAGAAAAGGGUUUGCUUUUUAAUUUUUUUUAUUUUUUUUUAAUUUUUUUUUUAAAGAGGAACCUAUUUAAAGUGCUGUUCUAGUUUGGAAAGGGACUUUUUAGAAAAAAAAAUGGCACCUUUUCACAUGAGAGAUUUGCUCUCUGUAUGUGUAUACAUAUAUAUAAAUU